AUGAAAUUCCAGAUUAUAGCUUUCUUUAUUGUGUCAUUUUUAUGUAACCUCGUUCCUGCGACACCACAGCUAGACAUUCUACCAGAAUUUGAAACCAAUAAUUUUGAGCUUAGUUUCCAUAACGUUAGAAGAGUAAUAGGUAGAUUCAACAUCAGUGAUGGGGCCAUGACCUCCCUUGUAGGGAUGUACCUCAAGACAUAUCUAAUCACCAACGGCAAAAUAGAUUCCAAAACCAUAGAUUUCAAGGAAAUAAUGGUGGACAUCUUUGCUGAAGUGGAGCAAAACAUUGUAGCUGCUAAUCAAGGAUACACCGACUCAGAAGUGUUCCUACCUGUGGGGACAUUUAAUCUCUUAAGCGAAAAGGAUACCUGGAUGACAAACUUAACACAGAUAAUUGAGUCUCUGGAAAGCCGCCACUUCUUUUGGAACUUUAAGAGGCAAUUAAUCCAUAAGCCAGUGAAACAACUAACGAGACUAUUUAUCAGGUCACAGCUAGCCUAUACCAGAUGGUUUCUUGAGGAAAUUCGAUAUGAUUUUUUCACAGACUCCGAGAGAGAAAUACUUCUUACUGAAAGUUACCGUUCAUUAUUGUGGGCAAAAGUAGUAAUCCACCAGUUUGGUCGAAUGCUACAAGAGUUGGAUGAACUAGGGUACAUGAGUUGUGUCGCCAAGGGGUUGAAGGAAAAUGCUCACUUUUUAAAGGGCAAAUUUGAGGGAAAGAUGAGUCUUGAGAGGAAGAAUGAUUUACUUAAUAAGCUAUCUUCGAGCGUGGAGGUGGAGCUAAGCGCCAUUGAUCAUGAUGGGCUUUUGACAAGUAAGACCAUUGGGCAAAUGCUCCUACAUUUUUUUGCAGCGUUUCUGACGAUCCGACUUCUAGCUUUCAUAUGUCCCGUUGUUGGGACGCAAACUUGCAUUGUAUAUCUUACUGUCACUUCCAUUCUUCAUUUUCUGGUGUUCAGCCGAAUGUAUACUGAACUUCACGAUCAACUCCCCAAGCCACCCAAGGCCCUCUAUUAA